AGGUUUUUUUUGAUCGACUGAAUAAAGGAGAAAAGAGGCCAUCAAAAUGCUGCGAGAAGUGGGAUCCAGUAUUAUGGUGUUUUAUGAGUAUGUGUUGCAAAGAACGGGUGAGUGCUUUCGCUUAAGUUUAUAUUUUUAUUAUUUCAAUUUUAUUUAAAUCAAUUUGGUGAUUUGCAGUUUGUACCAUGCUAUUGGUGUAGCCUGUAUUGUUGUCUCAAAAAUAUUGAUUAAUUGCUUGAUUUCUUGUCCUCAGACCACCGGUUGUUGCCCUAUCCGUUGAUGCGGACCCCCUUCCAGAUGACCAGCAUCCUGAUGGGCUAUGUGUUCUUCUCGCUGUACGCAGGGCCUCGGUUGAUGGCCAACCGCAAGCCCUAUAACCUUAAAACAGCCAUGAUCGUCUAUAACUUCAGCAUGGUGUCCCUGAAUGCCUUCCUAGUCUAUGAGGUGAGCAAAGCAGUUAGUCAUUCAGGAGAAUGAAAGUUCUUCAAAGAAAUCAAAGAGCCUUGUUGUGAAGACAUACUGUAGUAAGACUUUUCCCAGCGUUUAUGAAUGGAUGAUAUGACAGCGAGUUCUGUGCUUUGCCUUUGAAGUUCCUGAUGUCAGGAUGGGGCACCACCUUUACCUGGAGAUGUGACCUGUGUGACUACUCAAGCAACCCACAGGCUCUGAGGGUAAGUUAUUUUCUUUGAGUGAAUCUGUAUUGCAUCUCAUGAUGGCAUCUUUUUUCAUAACAUUUCAAAAAAUAUUUUUACAUUUUACUUUACAUUUGAACAUGCAUAUGAUGUGAUAUUUUAUUCCAUGCUAUUUCUUUUCUGUACUUUUGUUCUCCUUUUGUCAGAUGGUUCAAGUGGCCUGGUGGUUUUUCUUCUCUAAAUUAACCGAGCUUCUGGAUACCGUAAGAAUGAUUUCUCUAUCUGAACAUCAUGUUUGUGAAUAAAAUGUUUGAUGCUAGCCUAAAUCAUUUAGAUUUUGUACAUGUUCUGACUGCAUCUUUCUCCGACACCCUUAGUAAAAUACAAAUGGUUAUAUCUGAACAAUGUUUGCUUAAAGUAACUUGAGCUCUUGUCUGAUUUUCAGUUUUUCUUUGUGCUGCGUAAGAAACACAGCCAAAUCACAUUUCUACACGUCUUCCAUCACUCCUUCAUGCCCUUCACGUGGUGGUGGGGAAUUACCAUUGCUCCUGGUAAGCUUGACCUCAUGAUGACAUCAUCAUCCCCAUGUAGUGUGCUUACAGCUGGUCAUAUAACCUGUUUUAACUUUACAUUAACUUUUGGGGGGUUGUUAAAUAAACCUUAUCACCACAAUGAAUGCUCUGCAAUUUUACAAGGGAAUAAGAACGCUAAACAAAAUCCAUUUAGUAACAUUUAUUUUGUUAUCCCCCUGUGACUAUUAAGAAUUACUCUUGGAGUAUGUUUGUGUGUUUUUAAAACUGUGCUUGUCAUAUUGUGAACCUCCAGCAGGGGGAAUGAGCUCGUUCCAUGCCAUGGUCAACUGCUGUGUCCACGUCAUCAUGUACACCUACUACGGCCUGUCUGCUGCUGGACCUCGCUUCCAGAAAUACCUCUGGUGGAAGAAGUACAUGACUGCAAUCCAGCUGGUGGGUGUUCUUUCUUAAUGAUGUACUAGUUUCUGCCAAUAUGUUAAAGGGAAGCAUUGAUUUGUGGGUAGCUGCCGGUAUUACUGUUGUGAAUUAGUGAGUCCUGCGCCAUCUACACACCAAUAUGUUCUUUCUUCUUUAUUUAGGUCCAGUUUGUGCUGAUCUCACUUCACAUCUCUCAGUACUACUUCAUGGAGAAGUGUGACUUUCAGGUGCCCAUGUUCAUUCACCUUAUCUGGAUGUACGGCACCUUCUUCUUCCUACUCUUCUCCAACUUCUGGAUUCAGGCCUACGUGAAGGGGAAACGGCUGCCUACGGCAACCAUGGAGAAGCUAAAGCAGAAUGGCGUUAUCAACGGCAUUAUCAACGGCGACGUUACCGUGGUCCUCAACGGCAAGCCACUGGAGAAUGGCAACGGGACAACAGCGCAUCGUGUCAACGGCCAUAACCAACUAGGCAAAGUGAAGGAAGUC